CGGACGCGCCGUCUUGGUUUUACGCCGUCGCUAGGGUUGUGUCAAGCAAAGAAGAAAAGAGCUCCGAGAUCCCAUCGUCUCCUGUAGGUCGCCGCCAUGAGCCGAUCUGGCCAGCCUCCGGAUCUCAAGAAGUACAUGGACAAGAAGCUCCAAAUCAAAAUGAAUGCAAACCGUGUUGUCAUUGGCACCCUCCGAGGAUUUGAUCAGUUCAUGAAUCUGGUUGUGGACAACACCGUGGAGGUCAAUGGAGAUGAGAAGACUGAUAUUGGAAUGGUGGUUGUCAGGGGGAACAGCGUUGUCAUGAUUGAGGCACUGGAACCGAUUGCCAAAUCGCAGCAGUGAAUUCUAUGCCUCUGCCUUAAUUUAAGCUUCUUACUGGUAGUGUGAAAACUGAUGUAUAUGCUAUUAGUGCUCAUGUUGUAUCUUGACUAAUGUUUUCUUAAAAGUAUUAUGAUAUGCAUGUGGAUGGUUGACCCUGUUUA